AUGAACAGAAAUUUUGAACUGGAGUUAAACACUCGACCAGACUAACUGAUUGAAAAGGUGGAAACUUUAACACAAUGGAUUUAUAGGGUAAAAGGAUAUUAUUAUAUUGAAAAUUAGUUAUGUGAAUCCAAUAACUUAAGUUUAAAGACCACCGAGCUAGCUGCCUAAAUUAUUUAAAUAUGCUUAACAUAAAAGAGUUGUAAUUUAAAUAACAUUUUGCUUAUUGCCAUUACAUCAUUCUUCAUUUCUGUUAAGUAUAAUGAAUGCUAAAGCUUAUUUCAGUUUAAUUUGUAAGAUUGUAUACUCUUGGGAAAUGGUACUUACUCAAAAGAAGAUUUUCUUGAAAUGGAAUUGUAAAUUUUGAAUCUCAUUCAUUUUGACAUGAAUCUCACUACUAUCUGUGAUCUUCUCUAAGAGGAAUAAACAAAAUAUAUCGAUUUAAUAUUAUUUGUAACAUUAGACUCAGAAUUUUGGUCAUUCUCAAAAUUCGAGUUAUUGAAGGCCAUUUAAUAAUUUAAUAAUAAUCAUUAGAAUGUCUAAAAUGAAACAACAAACAAAGUAUCUCAUUCUAAUCAUCAAUAGAUAUUAAAUUUAAUUCAAACUAAAGUAAAUUUGUUAACUGCAAUUGGUGAUGAAGAAAAAAGUAAUUUUUAAUUGAAAAGGAAAAGAAUUCAAAAAUGGAAAUUUAAAAGUAAGAAAAAUUUCAAAAACCGUAAUUUCAAUAGUCUUAACAAAAAAUGUAUAAAUAUACAAAUGUUAUGA